AUGACAAAUCACACUAGUUUACAUAUCAUCACACCGAAUACAACAACACAGGCAGUUGGAAAAAUGAGAUCGUCGCUCACACUCGUCUUCUUAGUAGCCAUUGGUUACGCCACCGCCUACCAAAUACCACAUGAAAGUCCGAAUGAUUACGGUGGUGAUUGCUACGGUAGUGAUUGUGGUGGCGGUUAUGGAGAUGGUGGGUAUGGUGGUGGCGGAUAUGGUGGUGGUGGUGGUGGUGGUGGUGGCUAUGAGGGUGGUGGAAAUGGCGGUGGUGGUGGUGGUGGCUAUGAGGGUGGCGGAUAUGGUGGUGGUGGUGGUGGCGGUGGUGGUGGCUAUGAGGGUGGCGGCGGCUAUGGUGGUGGUUGCAAUGGUGACGAUUGUGGUGGUUACGGUGGUGGUGGUGGUGGUGGUGGCGGUGGCGGCUAUGGUGGUGGUUGCAAUGGUGGAGGCUGUGGAUAUGGCUUCGAUGAAGCUUUCCCUGCUCCCUAUGGUGGUGAUCAAGGCUACGGUGGCAACGGCCAUGGAAAGGGUGGUAGUAAAGAAAAUGGCCAUGGAAAGGGUCAUGGCGGUGGCAAGGGUGGUAGCAAAGGUGGCAAAGGUGGCAAACCCAAUACUUACAAACCCAAUGCUUACAAACCCAAUGCUUACAAACCCAAUACUUACAAACCCAAUGCUUACAAACCAAACACUUAUGCAAGCACUUACUGAGGUACCAGUUGAAUUGUGGAUGAUUCUAACUUGUUUGUGUCACACUGUCCACUAUCCAUUUUUUCCACACACCUCUCAAUUCAACUCACUGUAAUAUAGUCGUGUUUGAAUUCGAGAUGAAUAAAACCUAUUCAUUCUAAAUAGUGUUUUCCAUGUACGCUUUGUAUUGUGUAAUGAACGGACGUUAGUUUUUGUGAUAUUUCGAACUGUUGAGAGGUACGUGUUGUUAGUAGACAAGUGCGCGCCAUGCCUCGCUGUUGUGACCUCAUAAUUAUAGGAAGGUGUACAUAUCAAUUCACUGAACAAUGCAGUUUGCAUUAGUUUGUAUUAUCCCGUUGUUGGUAUAUUUGACUGUAAUUUGACCAGUCUUGGUUGACACAUAGACAUCGUAUGAGGAUUGUCUCGAUCUAACCAUUAUGACACAAACUAAUGUAGGAUAGAUGGAAUGUGGCUAGUAGUGGAAUCUAGGACACGCGUUUUGUUCUAGUUCGGACUCGUCGGUUGGGUGGAGGCAAUCUGCAAAAGGUGAAAUGAAACUACAUUAAGUCCACGCUCAGCCUAAAUUCCACUGUUAGCCACACUCCAUCUAUCCCAUUUCACUCGAUUGUCUAGAUUGUUUAUCAGCAGAUGUGUUCAUGGCAAGUACCGUGAAUGUAGCUGAAUACCUAGUCGAACGCAUGUCACUUUAUAAGAGAUACGUGGAUGAUAUUAUAGUUAUCUGUGAAUGAAAGGACCACAUGACAUGUUUGUUGAAUAAACUUGACGUUUAUCAAAACUGCAUCAAUCUGUUAUGGGAAGAGGAGAAGAGUGACCAACUUUCUUUCUUAGAUAUACUUAUAAGUAGAAGAGAAGACAGUUCCGUCGAACGAUCCAUUUUUAGAAAGCCAGCUUGGACAGGCCAAUAUCAUAUUUAUUAUAGUUACUGCCCAGUGCAGUGCAAAAGGGUUAUGAUAGUGGGCCUAUUUAACAGGAUUAAUCUUAUUUGCACAGACGAUGAUACUGAUGACGACGUUAGGUUGUUGAACAAAACACAAAUGGAAAGUGGUUAUCCGUUAAAAUUCAUAAAUAGAUAGGAAGGUGAUGGUAUAGUGAGGCCCACUACAGCCUUGGCACAAAACAGCCUGUCUACACAACCUUACUGUUCAAAGGUGAUUCAAAUAGCCUUUUACUGAAACAAGUGGUAAAUCAGUUGCUAACAAAACGUACUACAUAGAAAAGGUCAUUAUCAGGGGAAAAACAAGGCCCAUGCUUCACCAAAACCUAAAAGACAUGAAGGCGAUUGCGUCAUAUCACACUGUUUCUAUCAAUUUAAGUGCGCGC